CAGAAACGUCGACUCUCCAUUUCCCUCCAUCGAUGCUGCCUGACCCGCUGAGGUCCUCCAGCGCCUUUUGCGUUGCUCCAGAUUCCAGCACCUGCGGUCUCUUGUGUCUCCCGAUGUUUCCAGCAUUCACAGAGAAAGACCGAACCUACCGGAGGUUAUGGAACUGAAGGAACCGGAUGGGAACGAAUGGAAGUACCACGGAGAAGGCAACCGAAGUUUGGUGGUUUCCCACGUCCAGCACUGCCAAGUACUGCGUUUCCUUAAGUUUCCCAUUGAACUACCACAGCCAAACAAGGCCCUGGAAGAAGUUCCCCACCGGCUAAACAACAUAGUAGAAUUUGGUAAACAUGUGAUGAAGCCAUUAUUGGGAGAUAACUUCGUACAACCUGGGGAGGUUAUACAAUUACCACUGGACUUCGUGAGACAACUGGCAUUGAAGAUCCAACCAGAAAGGCCAGGAUCACGUUGCAAUAAAGUAAUGGAUGCCUUCAGUGGAUAUACAUUAUGCCUUCCAGAUCUCACUAAGUUCCAAACCUCCCAUCAAAUGGAAAAACGACCACCCCUCUGUAUAGAAAUUAAGCCUAAAUGUGGAUUUAUCCCUUUCUCAAGUCACAUUACCAAGGAGAUUAAACGGCGUGUAUGUCGUUAUUGCAUGCAUCAGCAUCUGAAGGUGGCUAAUGGAAAAUGGAAGAGGAUUAGCAAAUAUUGUCCUCUUGACCUUUUUUCAGGGAAUAAACAGCGAAUGUACAUAGCCUUGAAAAGUUUGUUGCAGGAGCCUCAGAACAAUUUAAAGAUUUUUAAGAAUGGAGAGUUGAUAUUUGGCUGUAAAGAUGACCAGGACUGUCUGAUGGAUCUGAAUGAACUUGCUAAUCAUUUGAAAGUGUACUUCUUCCCCACUAAUGGUGUGGUUAAUGGACCACAGUGUACCCGAACUGUUAUCACUGAACUGAUUCAAGUAAUAACAACGGCUUUGUUGAGCAAUGCAGACUCUUGCAGGACGGGUGAUAUGAAGAGAACACGUAUUUCAGAGGAAAUGAGCCACUGUGAAGCGAGUCAGUUUCGCAGGGACAUUUUAAGAAAUAAUAUUCACGCCAUGGAGAACUCUGGCUUGCCAAAAGACUGUAUUCUUUCUCGGAUCCUUCAAGUGCAGAUGCUUGAUAUGAUGGACAUAGAUGGAAUUUAUCCUUUAUAUUUGAGAGUUCAACAGCACUUAGAAGAAUUUCCCAAAGACAGGAGUAGGUUACAUUUAGAUGGUCCUUACAAUGAAUCUUUUUAUGAAAGUCUAUCAGAUCUUUCACAAGAUGAUGAAACAGUGGACUAUGCAGCCCGAAAGAUACAUCAGUAUAGGGUUGCUACAACAGCCAAGGAUUGCUCCAUUAUGAUUGCACUUUCUCCUUGUCUUUUGGAAGAACGGCUUGAACCAAGUACCAUAAUUAAGACAUCAAGGACAUCAUUUGCAUAUUCCAUCUCUAUUCUUGAUUUGGACCCCAAACCAUAUGAGAAUAUUGCACACCAGUAUAAAUUAGAUGGGAAGAUCAUAAACUAUUAUUUGCAGAGUACGAGGACCAAGAAGGAUGUUACCCCUCCUAACUUCUACAGGGGAUAUGAAGAGUGCACACUGUUUUUUCAUUCUGUGUGAGUUUUGGUUGGGCAUUGACAUUCAUGUAAUACUUAAUAAAAUGACUGCACUGAUUUAGUGGUCAUGAUCUCAAGUGUGAGAAGUUUAGGAAAUAGCUGACCUGAGAUUUUGAAUAUUGAAGACAGCAGAAUAGCUUUGGAUUUUGAACAUUACCAAAUGUUAGAUUGGAUAUCUGUAUUUAGAAAGCAUGCCCUUCCUCAUUAAUGCAAUACCACCAAGGACAGCUUUUUUAAAAAAAAAUUCAAUACCCUUCUUUUGAAGGGAAACUAGAUUGUAAAUGUUUAAGCACAAUCAUUUUCCAUGUUUCAGAAAGUUAUCUCAGUGCAGAGAGUGAAGCGAGUUCUUUAAAGGCAGCUGAAAGAAAAUGCCUUUAGUUGAACAGCACUGAGAACUGCAGGAGAGUAUUCCAUUAAUAUUAAGGGAAGUUGUGCGUUUUCUCACUGCAGUUAAUUUUCUUCAUGCUUUCAAGUGUAGUUCAAGGCUACAACUAUGAUCACAAACUUGAUUAAAACUUAGUUUUUCUUGGCUUUGGCUCAUCACUCAAAUUGCUGCUGGGUUUUGGCAGUUUGUUUUUCUACUGCUUCAGUUUGUGCCAGUUGUUUUUGCCAGUCAGUGAUAUCUGCUGCAGUUAGUGCAGAUAAUUGUAGCUGCUAAUCGUAGUUUAAAAUCUAAUCUAACCACUUAAGAAUAGACCCACUGAAAUCGUUAAUUUUAUUGGAUAACCAUGGAUCUCUUGCACUUAGAAAAACAACUGACAGGUGGAAAGAAUGCUUCAUGUGUUAAGAUGAUGUUUGAAUACAAAUCUAAUAUUGCUCCCAAGUUUUCAUGGAUGUUGAUUAGUAGUCAUGGAGUUCAGGAAUAGAAAUUGCCAAGGAUGCAUCAUCAUUAUUUAAAUGUAUUCUGUACUUCAGGAUUAGAAUUAAGCUUGUAACUGGCACACUUUUAUUUUCUCUUGUAGUUUUGUCUCAGAAUUUAUUUUCCUGUCAGCAGUGGGUAUGCUGUAUAACAAGUAAUGGUAUUUGCUCUGGAGCAGUAAAAAUGUUGGCAAUUGUUAAAUAUGGCAUGUGGGUUCUGCAACUUUAUCACCUAAGUGUACUUGGGGGAAGCUGCAGGCAUUUGAUCACGUGGUUUUUCAUUUUAAGGUAGAAAAACAUCAGCUAUCUCCCUCCUAGCUGCUUCCCAAGGUGCACUUGCUAUGAAUUGAUUGUGAAGUUGCUUCCAACCUAAAGUUAAUAAGAUUUUUAAAAAAAAUAUUAUGUAAAGUCAGAGUUAAAACAACUACCACGGGAACAAAAAGAAAAUUGUAAUACCCAAUAUGUGUAUUAAAUUGGGCCCUCCACAUUAUCAUCAGCAGUAAAAGAAGUUGAUGCCUUUUCAGUGAAUAUUUAAAAGAUAGAGUAAUGUUGAUGGUAUAAGUGUGUGAAAUUGCUGAAAAGGAGGAAAAACUAUUAUUGCUAACAGUUACAAAUAUAAUAUCUACAGAUGUAAUUAAAGACAAAAUCAUUAAGUUGCAUUUGUGACAGCACAACAGUGGAAACAGAUUCCUCUUGGCACAGGGAAAAAUAGUGAGUGAGUUGCUAGAGAGGGGCAGGUGCUGGUUGGGGAGAUGGGGUUGGGGAAUGAGUAUUGGGGCACUUUGGGAGAGUGGGGUAAUAGGGCAUGAAAAGGGUUCUUGAAAAAGGAAUGGGAUUAACAUUGAUCCAGGGCAAAACUCAGUAAGAAUAAAGCAGUCAUAAACUGUUUUAAGUGCAAGUUGAGAGAGAAUGGAACGAACGUAGCAGAUUUCUUUAGUGACAAUAAGAGGACCGUAGCAAAAUAUUUUGCAGGAAUUUAUUUGAACUACUUUACCAAUUAAUUUUCCUUAAGUGUCCUCUGCCAGCUUUACUUGAAUUAUGUCAAUUAUCUCCUUAUGGAGCUAAAGCUGUGCAUAGAUCCAAAACUUCUGGACUUGCUGUCUCAAUUAAACUGUGACUAAUGGAUAAAAAUAAGGUUAAAUGUAGAAAUCUUGCUUAAACUUGAAACUGAAGACUCGUCUUAUUUUCCAUGUAUCAUUCAAUUAGAGAAGAUCUCUGUAACCAGUAAAAAUUAAUUUAGGGGGAUAUCUUUAAACUUGUAAUUGUUCCUACAAUAUUACAUCAAUCUUAUCUUUAUUCUAUUUUGAUAUUUCAACCUGCAGGCUGAUUGAGUCACUCAUAUUGUGACACCAGCAGAUUUUCUGUUAAUACACAAUUUUGUGAUCUUAGUUUUCAAAAAAAAAUUAUAUACAGCAAGUGGAAUUGAAAUGUUGUUUCUGAAGAAUUCUGAUGUUCAUGGACACUAAGUAGUUGGUUUAUUGUAUUGAAGAUUUUUGUUUUCUCCUAGCUCCUAGCUGAGUGAGAUGAACUGUUGCCAUAAUAAACCCAUCUAAUGUUUUUAUAGUGAGGAAUGUAAUCUUCUAUGUCUGAAGAGAAGUUGAGCCAGUUCCUCAUUUGUAGGAGGAUAUCAUUUUUCUCUCACUUCUUGGUCCCGUUUAAGUGUUAAUCUUGUUUCUGAUGAUGAUGCCAUGCUUUUGCAUCUUUCCUCAACAGUAGCUAAGAGCAUUUGUUGCCCAACAGGAUUAAAAGAACCUGAAAUUAUCCCAGAUUUUCUUUUCUGCAAAUUGUCCUGUUGAAUCUCAAAAACAGCAGCUCAAAGCACAUUGUACUACCCAAUAAUACAAUCAGAAAUAACUUGGAGAAUGAAGUGCCCAAACAGAACAGUUAGAAUGAUCUGGGUUUAAUCAAGAAAUAUUGUGGGCUAUCUCAAGGAAAGAAACACUUUGCAAUCACCAAUUUUUGAAUAGUAACGUUGCAAACUAUCUGUAGUUUUUCAGGCUUUCAUUUUUGACAUCUGCACUAAAUAACCAUGGGGGUAGUACUUGAUCCUAGUGCUGUCCUGGGAGAGUUAGUCAUUUUAUUCGCAACAGAAUGAUUGAAGAGUGUGCUGAAUACAGCUGGAUUUAAUGACUCUUCAGACUUGGGCUGCAUUCUAUCUCUGGGAUAAUCAGUAGUGUUUUGUUUUUCUGGAAGUUGUAUUGAAUAUUCUUCCUGUUCUUAAUAUCACCAUGCUCAACUUGCAUUAAUACUGGCUAAUGUACAAAAAGAUGUAUGGGUAAUGUUUCCACUUUGUCAAAUUUGUUAUAAUUUCAUUCAGGUGCUAACUUUUUGUUUUUGGUAUUUAAAUAGGUAAAUCAUAAAUAUAUUCUCUGGUCAAAAAAACUUAAGAUGAUCAUUAGAUAAGGCUCUUUAAUUUGUUGCCUUCCCUGGCCACCUGAAGGAAGACUUUGUAUCAGUAGCACAUGCUCAUCUCUCCUGGAUCAGCUCUCCAUAUUAGAGGCUAUUAAAGGUCACUCCUGAGUUCAAUUCUAUUUCCAUCCAGUGUUCAAACCCAAGCAUUUUCCACUGGAAAUUAAUCAGAAACGUCAAUUCCCUGGCUGCUUAUUCCCUUACCUGUCCAGUUGAAGUAAACUAACUCAACAUACAUCAUGCUGAAUCUAUUAGUACCCUAUUUAUAUUAAUGUUGACAAUAUUUUCUCUAUGACAUUGAGUGUUAUCCCCAUUUGUGAUUUCAAAAUUAGCCAAAAUACUGGAUUGUUUGCCCUACUUGAGAAAAAAAAAGAUAUUUGACUUGAAUGUGAGGUUUUAGGAAAAUUGGUUUUUAAUUCUACAGUGGCAACUUCUUGCUUUGUUUUAAGGUGACUUGAAAUUUGGAUAUGAUGAAUUUCUGUAAAUAUGUAUACUUUGAAAAUUUGUUUUACUAGUUAAUAAUUUAAAAUAAUGGUCUUCAAUUGAAAUUGUUACUGUUCCUGCUGCUGGCUUAUGAGUAAUGUUUUAAAUUUGGACUAAACAGUUUAGUUUGAGUGGUUGGUAAUUAAUUAUACCUCAGUGUUUAGUGCCAACUGAAUUUACACCUGCAAGUAAUAUUUAAUUUUGAAGUGGAUUGGAGAGAUGUUUUGCUGUUCACUUUUAUUGCAAACAUCUCCAGUUAUGCUUUAUGUAUAUUAAAGUGAUAAAUCAUUGUUCAUCACCUUUGUUCCUGUUACAUUACCCAUCAGUCUUUCAAAAUAAAACAGACUAACAUUCAGGUCCAGUUGCUGAAGUCAACGGGAACUUAUGAGCAUUGUGAAAAAUGCAUGAGGUGGUUGAGUGGUUUGAAUCUAUGAUUUGUAUCUGCUGCCACUUAGCUUGAAUAGUUGGCUUAGAGUUAUGUUGAAUCAGUAUGUUAUUAACAGAACCAACAAGAUGGUUAGAAGAUGUGUUUCAUUAUACACGUGUAUAAUCUCCAACUGCAGUGUUCUCCCUUGUGGAACAAAGCCUAGAUAUGGCCUUUUGAAAAAUAUUUAACAUGCAGACAAUUUCCUACUUGUUUAUAACAUGUCUAUAGUGCCUUGUGUUAUCAUGACCCACUCAAAGAUUGCUGACUUGCAUACAUCCCAUUGUGAAUUUUAAUUUAAUCUGGUCCUGUUUUACUUGUUAAAAAUGUCAAUUACAGUUGAUACUGUAUCUGAUCAUUGGUACUUACCACUCUCAUUCUGUACUUGAGAUUUAUAUACUCAGCACUUAUGAAAAGCUGUGAAUUGAACUACCGUUGUAAGAGUGAACUUAACUUUCAAAUGUAUUUUUCCUUAAGUUCAGACUACUGUGGGACAGAUGACUUGUAGAAAUCUUGUACAAAUGCAAUAGAAAUUUCCCAGUAUUUGUAAAUAUUCUUUGGCAAUUUAUAUUUAAAUGCUAUAUUUAUUUUUCACGUGACAGUGCCAUAGGAGAAAUUAAAUGUAGUUGUGGCAUGUCCUGAUGUACAAAAUUUUAAAAUAGUACAGUUAAUAAAUGCGUAAAACAGA